CACAGUAAAUGAACAACUCCUCCACCUUGUGUUGUCAAAACGCUACUGCAUGAAAAAUGACUUCCCCAAACGCGGAGCUCCGCGUUCGGUUUGGACUGACGUGGCGCGCCGCUAAAGGCCCGCUGCUUUCUCCGUGGGCUGCGGUGAUUGGGCAAAGCACCUGUUGGCUGAUGUUUUAGAAAACAAUGUAAAUACACAGGUGGCGGCAUAUGUGGUUUAUGUAAAUAAAACAGAAGUGAAAGUGUCACACCGGGCUGGUCUCUGUGCGCAAAAGACGCACUCGGACGCAAUGUUUGGCAGAUAGCUGGAGGAGACACUGUGGAUUUUAAGAGGAGGUGACAACUGCGCUGUCAUGCCUGAGCUCAGAGCCGCCGUGGUGCUGCAGGUCGCGCUGCUGCUCUCUGCCGUGCCCGUGCAGUACCUCAUCUCCCGGUGGAGCGGAUCCACGGCAGUGCAGCGCUUCCAUGCGACCACCCGAUUGCUUCGAAUUUGGAAAGAGUGGAGAGGAUCCUACCUGAAUGGCACGGCAUGGACGGACUGGACCAACCAGCAGAUGUCCAGAGUCAUGUCUCUGUUUGGCUUUGGACAAGAAGGUGAAACGGCUCCAGAGUCGCCUCCUAUAGAGACCAUGAUGUAUGACAAUGACCAGGGGUUCUUUGGAGCUUCUAAGACGGUUCGCAGCCCUCGACCUCCAUAUGUUUUCUUACGAGUGGGUGAAGUUGUGCUGGAGAGGAAUCGCCAGAUGGUGGGAGUGGUGGUGAGCUGGGACCCUGAGCUACGAGCUCCUCCAGAAUGGGUGGACAGAGUCUAUUCUGACUUUGAGGGCACCAAAGCAGAGAGAACGCCUCAUUACAAGGUGCUGUUCAAUGGUCCUGGACCUUCUUCUCUGAUGGUCGCAUAUUUACCACAAACUCAACUGGAGCGCAUCACCGGGAUGAGGCCGGACAUCCCCACCCUGGAGAAUUACUUCACGCACUUCGACGGCGAACGCUUCGUCAUGCAGCCGUGGCUCCGAGAGCUUUUCCCAGAAGACGAGGAGGAGGACGCUUGACUGCUCGGCCCUGAAAGACUGAUCCCACACACAGUUUUAUUUUCUAACUCGAGUGGUGUUCUUCUUCCAGCUGAUUGUUUGUGGAGUCUACUGGAUGUAAAAUGCCCGACAGGUUUUCCUCAGGAAGGGUUGGUAGAUUUAAGUGCCAAAAUUUGUGCAGAACAAGAAAAAUGAUCAAAUUCCUCCUGUUUGUGAUGGUUCCUUUUGAGGAUCUGGAGGUUAUUAUUGAAAAAAAAAGAAGAAGUAGCUCUUUUAAGAUGCACAAAUUUACAGUAUUUUAAUAUAAUAUGUCUCACAAAUAUAGAAAAACCUUUAAUUUAAAUCCUGAUUUUAAACGACAGUCUUGAAAGGCUGGAAAUGUUGUAAAAUAAUGACAGUAAAUGCUUUACAUGACUUUGUGUGUUGGAUGAAAGUUGCACCUUAUAUUUAAGCAUCACAAACAUGCAAUAAAGUGUUUUAAAGAAUCCA